AUGCAAGUCCUCUCAAUCCAAAUACAUUCGACCAAAUUUUUAAACAAAAACAAGACCCUGCCGAGAGCUAACGCCACCCCGGAGCCGGCCCGGCCUCACCGCUCUCCGCCGCAGAGCCGGCCCGGCCCGCAGCGAUCCCUGCUCCUGCAGCGCCAGGCCAGUGGCCGGGGAGAGCGGCCUGAGGCGGGACCAGGCCGCGACACUGCCUCGCCCCUACCUGACGGCGCCGAGCAACGUCCCACAGCACCGCCGGACACCGCGGGGCCCUUCGCUCCCUUACUCACCUCCUCAUCUCCAGCCCCGCACCUCAGCGCCCCGCUCGCCUGCGGGACUUCCCCGGCUCACAGCCCCGCAGCGCUCGGCACCGCCGCCCAGCCCGCUCCCCGCGCCCUCAUCGUCGCAAUCGCAGCUGCAGCUGCAACCGAAACGCCCCCUGCUGCCCCGGAGAGCCCGCCCACCCACCCCUCACAGCCAAUCACAGCGCCUCGCCGCAGCCGCUUUGUAGCGCUAUUGGCGAAGAGCGCUGCCAGUGCCGUUUACUACUCACCUCCGGUGAACCGCGACCGUGUCUCUGGAUCCGCAGCGCGGCUGAGGGUGCGGAACUCCCUGCAGAUCAGGAGGCGCUCGGCGGGGCCGGGCGGGCUCAAGCCGGCAUCCUGCGGGACGAGAGGAAAGGAGCGAGGUCAGGGCUUUACGGCAGCCCCCUCAGAAACCCCGAACGGGGCAGCGGGGCUGCUUGCCAAGACGGCAGCAGCGAUCCCGGCAGUGCUGUGCCAGGGCGGGCUAUUGCCGGCACACGGCACCGAACCGCUGGGUGAGCUCGGGGCUGUCCUUCCCAGUGCCCCUCAUGAGAGCCGGGACUGUCUGUCAGUGUCACACUCGGUCGGGCUUCAAUGUCCGGUCCUGAAAUACUUUUACUCUGAAGUUAUGUAAGCAAUGCUAUUGAAUAUUUAAUUUAAUAAAAGCCAA